AUGGCAGCACCUUCGGAACAAAGGAUCGCUGUACCAAUUGAUGACCCCAACGCAGACACGGAAUGGCAAGUGCACUCACGUGCGACCGGUUACAAGAAUGAUAUUCUGCGCAAGCAUGGAGUUAUUCCAGAAAAGCCACCGAGCCCUACACCGAUGAUCGAGGAAGCCAUUGUCGAAGGCAGGCGACUUGCGCACGAAAAUCGACUCGAAGGCAAAGAUCUCGACGAGCUCGAGGAGCUGGAAGACGAAGAGGAUGACGCCUUCCUCGAGGAGUACCGUAAAAAGCGCAUGGCGGAACUCAACAAUUUGCAAAAGAAGUCUAUACAUGGCACUGUUUACCCGAUAUCGAAGCCAGAUUACCAGCGCGAGGUCACAGAAGCUUCGGAGAAGGGCCCCGUAUUUGUCAACCUCACGUCGAGUAUGGGCACCAAUGUCGAGUCGCGCGUUUUGUCCGAGCUCUGGAGACAGGCAGCGCAAGAGUAUGGCGACAUCAAAUUCUGCGAAAUUCGCGCAAACCAGGCCAUCGAAAACUACCCCGACCGCAACUGCCCCACCAUCUUGGUUUACAACAAGGGCGACAUUGUGAAGCAGGUCGUCACGCUCAUGACCUUUGGCGGAGUGCGCGCAACGAUGCGUAAUAUCGACGAUAUGUUGGUAGAGGUUGGCGCUGUACCGGAAUCUGACAUGCGCAUCAUAAAGAGGCGGCAAGCUGUCGAGGAUGCAGAAGAAGAGCGACUGGCAGGCGGCAAAACUAUCAAAACGGGAACCGCGGGUCGGUCCCGAGGCGAUGACGACGACGACGAUUGGGACUGA